AAUUAAAGCACACAAUUCCACUUUGAACAUUUCAUGGCAACUGGCGGUCGCCUUGCUAAGAAACAGCCUGUGUUUAUCAGUCUCAUUUGUUAUCUGAAGAUUUUGCGUCAGAGGUUCGUGCACAGAAGCUAAUUUUGCCAAAGUAAUAUAAAUUCGGCAAAAAGGAAAAUAGUGCACAACACUGCGCGGAAGUCUCGAUACAGGAAAGAGUGCGUAAAUCGUACAUUUUCUGUCCAGAUAAAGACGAUUCACCCUUCAGACAGACUCAAUCACCAGAUACAAGACCCAUGGAUAACAUCACUAAAUCCUCAGAUAUGGGGUUUUAUUUUCCCGUUUGGACGACCACUACAUGAGAUAACUCAUAUCUUUUGGGUCUACAAAGUGAUCGGGGGCUCGGCUUGUAACCAACAAGUCUGCGCAGAGAUUUAUUUCCUACAGUAUGUACUUCUCUUUUAUUGGCUAAACUAGCCAAUCGGAUUCGGUUUUAGUCUACCAAGAUAACGGAUACAAAACCUUCCCUUAUACCCAAGAAACUUUACCUCACGCUCAAUCAGUAACGCAUGAAAAAGCUACUGACUCAUUGGCAGCACUUCGUAGAUCAUCGAGAACAUUUGUCUGUCUAUCAUGGUCACUUCUGCACGUUUUCUUCAUCACUACUUUUCCGAGUAGUGGGUCUUUGCAUGCGCUCUGUAUAACUCUAAGUUAUGGUAUCUUUAGCAGUUUGUUCUAACAGCAAAUGCAGCCGGAAACUUCGGAUGACAGAGGACAUCAUGAAUGAUCACCUACUGCAUCAACUGAUUGGAAACAAUUGGAGAGAAUUGGCACGACAACUGAAGUUCACACAAGCUGUCAUUGGCACCAUCAAGAGUGACUGUGGCUCUUCUACUAAUGAAUGCUGCAUCGCAGUCAUAGUAAGGUGGAUUAAUCAGGAGGGAGAGGACGCUACUGUCGGAAGGCUUGCUGAAGCUCUAAUAAAGAUAGGGCUGAAGACCGUGGCGGAAAAACUUCUCAAUUCCUUGUAUUCACCGGUGAAGGAAGAACCAGGAGUAAACGCCUCUGAUCAAAUAGAAAAUAGAAUAAAUGAAAUGGAGAAAAACUGGGAACUCUUAAAAAUAGAGUUGCAAGACAGAAUCCAGCAGCUAGAAAAGGAAAAUGAGAGUAUAACACAAAGGAAUCUGGAACUGGAGGAGGAACUGGCCAUAGUAAAACAAAAACUUCAAGACACUUCUAAUGCUCAAGAGGAUUUGGAGUACAAAUUUGAUGUGUCACACCGAGAGAAUGAUUCAGAAGAUACCAGAGCUGAUGCUGAGCGUGAAGUUGAUGAAAAGCUGAAAGACCUCAACGAACAGCUCUAUAUAAAAGUGACUUCUCCUUUGCAAGUGCCGGAAGUAAAGGAAGACAAGCUGAGAGUUUCUGUCACAAUAGACCUUUUAUUUAGAAUCAGUGUAAGUCUGCAAGAGUUAUACAGCUCUGUCCUCUCAAUGGCAGCCGAGACUUGUAAAUGCAGUGAGAAGGUGAAACAAGAAUUUCAUGAUUUUGCGUAUCACGGUAUCAGAGCGGAGCAUAACGAUUUGGUGCACCGAGUUGAGGAUUUGGCAACGGCACGAGAAAAAAUGUCAGACGAGGAGAAAAAGGAUUUCGGUAAACUCCAACAACUUCAGACCAACCGACAGAGAGAGGUCGAUAAACUUGAAAAUCUGUGGAGAGGUCUGUUCUCGCCGCCUGAAGGUCUUCCUCCAUCUUGCCAUUCUGCACCAUGUCCGACUUGUCAUUGUAAUAAGGACUUAUUAAGACGAAAACGUACAGACCCAGGCGUCAAACCCAAACAGGUCAGGCCAGGCGAACACAACACCAGUCCAGUAACAGAAACAAUGAGCGAGGAUGAAAAGUUCGAAGUGUGUUUCACAAAGUUCAAUUGCAAAAAGACCACGAUGAAGACUAUUUUCAAAAAAAGGGAAAGCAAAGAAAAGACGUGUUGUCAUAUAUCCUAUUCUUCUAAAAGUCACAGGGAUUCUUGAAAGGCUUUUCCGGGAAGAUAGUUAAAGCUCAAUUACCACUAGAUGACUAGUUGACAAAAAUCUAGCAAACACACAAAGUCAACAAAGAUCUACCAAGAGACACAAAGUCAACGAAGAUUUAACAAACGCACAGAGUCAGCGAAGACUAAGCAAUUGUUCGAAGUCGCAUUGUAGCAGUUAGCUGGUUAGUCGUACUUCGAUUCGAAUGCAGUUGAGAUGCCAGCGGCCGAUAUGAAGUUGACGAUGACAAGGUCUCAGUACGCAGAACUUAGCAUUAUAAUGAAUCUGCCAUCCUCGAGGAAGACGUCUCUAAGCACACCCACCGUGCAUGAUGCACCUAAAAAGCAUUGAAAGCAUUUGGAAUUAUUUAGAAAGUAUAAUACAAAUUCCUGUUUUCUUAGCAUCAUACCACCUUAAGAAAGUGGUUGGAAGUCUAGAGCUAAAUUUCUUUUUCUCUCAUACCGUGUAACUUUGCUGCGAUUUCAGCGCGAUCUAAGAGUAAUUUGUCACUGCGAUAUCUCUGGAGUUGCUCACUGACAGCUAGGUGCUUAAAAACUUGAUUCAAUUUCGCUGCGAUUAUAUUUUCUGAUUCAAAUGUGACAAUUAUAAAUACACGGCACUCUUUAAGAGUUUUGCCACGCAGGAUCACAAUUUGCUUUGCCAGUCAUAGCUAAAACUGACCAUGGUGAUAGCGAUACACAAGCUUGUUAGAGAGAAUGCACGGAUUCAUCAGUAUCAAAGCACGCCAGCGAUUUCUUAAGUUUCUUUAUUCGCAGCUUACCCAGGGUAAUUAAAAAGAGUAAGCUCCUGAACCGCGGCCAGAUAGGAGCAAUAAUUCGCGGCGAAAAUCGCAGCUGUAACGGCGUACAUGUGUAACUUUGAAGCUGCACUUAUAGCACCGGCUCAAAAGUUUUUUUUAUUGCGCAAUUUUUUUCUUACAGUAGUACAAGCGUAAGUUGGGAGCAUUUGCUUAAUUCACGUAUUUAUGAUCGAGAGGGGACUGACCUCGAGAAACAUACGUUAUCUUCUACAUGCGCAUAGAGCGCAAAGCCACCAUUGCGCUGAUAUUAGUUUAUCCUUUGCAAAAUUUUUUGUUACAUGGUUGUUUCCGCUGAUAAGAACACAUGACUUCAAGUGACUACCAAAGCUUUUCAGUACAGAUUGAGUUUACUUGUAUGCGAUAAAUAAUUACAGAAACACUUCACUGGU